UGCACUGACAAAAAGUCACCUGUGCUUUUUUAGGGUUACAGAUAAGGACAAGACAACACCUAGAGUCAGCAGACAUGGCAGGUCGUUAUGGAGAUGUCAUGAGAGUUGAUACUACAGGUGCUUCUGCUAAAACAUCCAAUGAUGACAAUCAACCCGUGCAAGGCGUGGCCGCGUCGCACAGAAUGGCACAACAUGACCUGCCCCAGAUGAACAGAUACAAGCAUACCAUCCAGCGGGUGGGCCGGUCUGAGGGUGUGGACCCGGCGGUCAUCGCAGGAGUCAUGUCCCGCGAAUCGCGAGCCGGGACCGGGCUGAAGAACGGAUGGGGGGACCACGGGAAUGCCUAUGGGCUCAUGCAGGUUGACAAGAAUUACCACACCCCACAAGGUCGAUGGGACAGUGAGGAGCAUAUUACCCAGGCAACCAGAAUUCUUGUCAGCUCCAUUAACGAUGUGAAAAGAAAUCAUCCUGACUGGAGCCAGGAACAGUGUCUCAAAGGUGGGCUGGCAGCCUACAACAAGGGACCCAAUGCUGUCAAGUCCUACCGGGAGGUUGAUGCUCAGACCACCGACCGCGACUACUCCAACGACGUGGUGGCCAGGGCCCAGUUUUACAAAAGCCAGGGCUAUUAG